AUGAUAUGAGGGAGGGAUUUCCUUGUUGUUUUAUGAUUGGAAAUCGGUCUGAUGAGGAAAUAAUGACUAUUUUUUUCAUGAAGAUAAAAGAAAAUUUAGGAAGAGUAAUCAAACCCAUGGUUUUCAUGUCAGACAUGGCCCAAUAUUACUAUAAUGCAUGGCUCCAAAUUAUGACUCCAGCUAAAUUCAGGCUAUUCUGUUCCUGGCACGUAGAUAAAGCGUGGCGGAAAAAUCUAAAUAAAAUAGAUGGUCAAGAGCAAAAGGUAACUUAAAUAUUUAAUUUUUUUGCCCACUCAUCAUAUCAUUCGUCUUUUAGGUUAUCGUAUACAAACAGCUACGUACCUUAUUACAAGAGACCGAUGUUACUUCAUUUAGGGAUAUGAUACAAAAUUUUCAAAUUUCUCUUCUAUCUUCUGGUAAUACCCAAGAAUUUGGUCAAUAUUUUCAAAAAUGUUAUCUGCACAAUAUGGAAUCCUGGGCGUACUGUUAUCGCUUGCAUGCAGGAAUAAAUACAAAUAUGAGCAUAGAACGAAUGCAUCAAACGAUUAAAUAUUUGUAUUUAAAUGGAAGACAAGUACGAAGGCUGGAUAAAACUAUCAAUAUCUUGAUUAAAUUAAUUAAAGACAAAUUGUUUGAACGGCUUAUUACGUUGAAUAAAGGUAAAAUAUCCAGCAAAUUACGAGAGUUACGGAAAAGGCACAAAACAAGUCUUAAUUUAGAUAUGGACACCAUUGUCAUGUCUGAAAUGGGCUGGGAGAUACCAUCAAGUUCAACCAAUGAUAUCUAUUUAGUUCAGAAAAACAAACCCAGUUGUGACUGCCGAUUAGUCUGUGAUUUGUGCCAAUCCUGUCUACAUUCAUAUUCCUGUACAUGCUUGGAUAACAGUAUAAGAUGGAAUAUGUGCAAACACAUACAUCUUGUGUGUCAAUUUAUGAAAGGCCAUCAAAUUCAAGAUACUAAUGCAGAUGAAGAACAUAUAAUAAAUACAGAUGAGGUAAAAAUUAAACAAGCUACAGAGCAAGCUAAAUUUGUGGAAUUUGUGAGUAAGUCUUGUAAUAUCAAUCAAGAAAAAACGUCCAAGCAACUGGAAGUUGAAAAACAGAAAUUGAUAGAAAUACAAACCCAAAUAAUUCAAAAUAUAACAACUUUUGAACAACUUGAGGCAUUUAAAAGUAUUACAGCACCCUUGGUGCCUACAUUAAGGACAUUAGCAGAACAUUCUGGAAAUGAAUUUAAUAUUGUGGCACUAUCUCAUGGAACACAAAACAUUCCACACAAUAAAAAAGUAGUUGCUCAAAAACGUUUAUUUUCCACCAAGAAAAAAACUACAAAGUCAAAAAAAAAGCUGUUAUCAAAACCUGAUGCUGAAGAAACAAAUUUGAUAGCAAAUCAAUUAAUGCUACAAGUAAAUAAUGUGCUCUUUAAUUAGAAUAAAAUCUUUAUUUGUAUACAUUAUUAAUUUGUUUGAUUUUCUCACCUAUUCUAAUUCAAUUUUUUUUAAUCCAUAUUGAAAAUAUUGUAGGCAUUAAUACUUUAAAAACAUUUACUAACGUACCUACUCUGAAAGCAAUUUAUGAUAUUAUGUCUCUUGUAACAUUAAUUCGUAAUUUCAUCAGCACCAAUAAUAUUUAUUAAUACAUAAUAUAAUAAUUUCAAAUUCACAAUAAAAAUAAAACAUAACCUUAUAAAUAAUAUUAUUGUUUGCAUUUUUAUUUGACAUUUCAAUCGAAUGACCUUGAGAAAGCCAAGGAGCAAAAAUAUUUUAUAAUUUCUAGACGCGAGUGUCAAGAUUUAG